AUGUCCCGACAACUCAAAGCAGAUAUCUCUUCAGCACGUUUCGUCCGAAGAGCAGACACCACCAACCCUCUGAAUCAGCGAAAGAGCCUGCAGGCCAAACUGCAAACCACGCCCGUCCGCACGAGCCCUUAUCAUCGAACCGGCUCCUUCAAAGCAGGUCCUGCUUCCUCACGCUCUGCCUCGAGCGUCGGUGGCUCCCCUCGUCCCUUCUUCGACUCGGACGACGAUCUCUCCAGCUCCGGCGACGACAACGACGAUCUUGGAUCCAAGCACAUCCCCGGUAUCAAACUUCCCGUGCCUACGCUCGCCAUGUCGUCCCGCAAAGCAUCAAGAACACAACUCGGCAAGAAGCCUGCCAAGGUGUCCUCGACGAAGAAGGAGCGAGCUCGUGGCGAACGAAAGGCGAGCGUCCGUAAAGAACGCUUCGAAGAGCUCGACACCGACUCUGACCUCACCGACGUUCCUUCCGACGACGACAUCGAACACGACGACGCCCUUGCCGGUCCAUCCUACUCUGGUCUCGACAAAGGCAAAGCAAGAAGCAUGGACGGCGACAGCGACGAUCUGCAGUCCGAUUCGGACACCGAGAUGGAGCGCAAGCUCGCCGAAGCCGGCGACGGCGAAUCGCUCCUCGGCAGCGGUGCUUCCGGCGAGGACACCGAGGAAGAGGAGGAACGCUUCAUCAUCCAAGAUGCUCUCGACAGACAGUCCAAGGCUAAGGCUCGCCUACAACAUCGCGAUCCCUCCGACCGUCGCCGACACGCUGGCGAACGCGACUCGGCCAGCAAAAGCGAUCUUCACCACCGUGCUCGAUCCAUCGCGAUACGCCGUGGCUCCAACGUCGUUGACCAUGGCGGGCUUGGCGACGAUGCCGAGGCCGACGUCGAGGACGAAGAUAAUGAUGAAGAAGAUGACGACGACGAUGGCAACACCGAUGCCGAUCUGCUGUCCAUGUCUCCGGCUACGCUUCGCAUGUACGGUCUACCGGUCAUCGAAGAUGAGCUCUUCGAGGAGCAAGAGGCUUUCAACUCGUCCUCUGAGCCCUCCUUCACCGACUUUUUCGAAACCUCCACCGACAGCGAGAUGGAUAUCGCAAACGCUCUCGACGAAAAUGGCGACGACGACGACGAGUUUACUACCGACUCGGACGAGGACCACGACAUCAGCGACCUUGAAGGCGGCUUGCUCGACGCUCCGCUGAUCGCACACAUUGGCACUACUUCGGCGGCAGACGACCCCAACGCCGUCGACACUGAAGAGGUGACUGCCGACGGCACUGUGCAGCCCAAGCCCGAGAUGCCUUUGCUCGUCAUCGAAGACCUCGACGGCCGUCUCAUCUAUGCACGUGCCGGCGACGGUGAAGCCGUGUUUGGUUCCGAUGGCGAGUUUGAAUUUGUCGACGACAGCGAUGACGACAGCGCAGACUGGGAAUUUGACCGUGGCGGCAACAGGCUUUGGUCCGGUGUCGGUGGGAGCAACGGCUUGCUCGCGCCGGAAGAUGACGGAGACACCACCGACGAGCUGCCCGACGAGGACAUGCCGUACCCACGUCUUCUCGUUGGGUCCGUGGCUCCCCGUGGCGGUCGCAAUGCAAGACGCGCAAGAGCUAUGGCUACCAACUCGCGCCGCCUCUCUCCUGCAGUCACUAGCCCACUUCCAUCGCCAUCUUUGCCGCAAACGGCAGACGUCGCGACCACCACCUCCGAUUCUAGCGGCGAAGGCAAAUUGUCGGGCAGCGGCUCGAGAGGCUCUCCGGCGUCCUCAGAUGGACCUGCCUCCAAUGAGGUCGGCAUCACCAUCUCAACCGAGCAGCUUGCACGCGAUCCAGAAGGCACAUUGAAGGCAGCUGCUGCUGCUCUCGGCGUCUCCCUGCAAGAGGCUGCCACCCUGGUUGCCGGCGUUCAGCUUCCUGUCGGAAGCGUCGGCGAAGAAGCCACUGCGAUCAGCAACGGAAGCGGUACCUCUUCGGUCGACAGUACCAUGGCAGCACCACAGACUCCCGAGCAGCAGCGAAUCGCCAACAUCGCCAAGCCUCAGAUGGGAAGCUUCAUGCCUACUUCGGCCAAGUCGGUUCACCGCGCGGUCAUCGAUGGCUCCCGCAAAGCGCCUUCGCCGUUUUCGGGCAAAAGAAGUCUGGAGCGGAAAGGACUCGCCAAGAAGCGCAGAGCUGCUCGUCGAAGCUCGCUCUUGGGAGACGAAGGCCUCUCUGCCAAGCGUCUCCGACGCUUCUCUUCCGCCAACGAUGCUGCCUCGGCGAUCGACGAGUAUAGCGAAAUGGCGCCCUCGUCGCCCGAGCCAAUCGUCGAGGUGGACCCGAUGGAGCUCGAUGACGUGGUCGAUUCCAGCAUGAUCUGGCGUGGCACUGGCUCCAAGUCGCCGUCGCCUGAGAUGGAGACCGGCGACGGGAUCGAUGGCGGUCGUCGACCUUCGGCACGCUCGUCACGUAAAAUCUCGUCUGCGCCAGGCCUAAACCUGAACGCCUUUGCGCGAUGGAACAAGAUCCCGAUGGGGUCCUUCCGUGAUUCGCAAGCGGCACCCGCACCUUCGCAGAACGCAUUCCAGCAACAACAUCAGCACCAGCAGCCACUGGGCACCUUUUUGCUCACCCGCUCGCAAGGCCAAUCGGGCAGUCGAGCGCCUCGAACCAGCUCACCGUUCCGAACUAGCUCGAAUGCCGUGCGCAAUCCGGAGAUGUUCUCCAUUAGCCCCUUGCGCCAGCUGCAGGAGGGCGAUAGCAAGGAGGGCGGAGCGUCGAGUGACAGCAUGUCGGGCAGGCGACGAUCUUUCAUCAUCUCGCCCGUCUUGUUUCCUACUCGUGGAGGCGAGAUCCCGCCGCCUUCGUCGUCGGCCAGCACGUUUGGUGCUCACAACGCACCGACGUACAGUCAUAUUGCUGGCCUUCGCCUCGGUGGCAGCAGUGUUGCCGGUGGCGACGCGGCCAGUGUAGCUUCCAAUACCAGCGCUGGUCCUGGACGCAUCACACGCCGUGAAAAGCGGGAGAAGCGUGCCAAGCGCGCCGCAAUGCUCGCGUCGCAGACGGAGGAAGGUGCGGCUCUCUCUCCGGGGACCAUGGCCGAUCAUCGAGCGGCUUCAGGAUCGCCCGCACCUGCUCCGACCACGCCGCUGUUGCAGCUUUCGAGCCUGCCGGACGGUGGUUUUGCCUUUGACGAAGGCGAUUCGCCAGCUACUGCGUUCCCUCGAAUGCGCAUCACGGAUGCUACACCGACGCCGCGAGGCUCACCGGCACCUAGUGGACCUCCCGCCGUUGGCAAGGACUUGCUGCAACCUGGCUCCAAUCUGAAGCCGUCCAGCCAAGUCGACAUUGCGAACGCAUCGCCCACAUCCACGCAAGCCGUUGAGAGGGAGUCGAUGGCUGUCAGCGAAUCGCACGCGGAGGACCAAGACAAGCAGGAGGACGCCUCGUCCGUCUCUGCCUCCAUGUCGGGCGCCCUGCCGUCGUCAGCUUGCAAGACGCCACUCCACUCACCGUUGUUCGGUGGCAUCUUUGGCGGAGCACUCAACUACGACUUGGAGGACAAGGAAGCCGAGCCGUUGCGCAUCUGA